AUGGCGGAUGGUGCACAGCGCGUAUUCGACGCGUCGCAGCGUGACUGGCGCGUCGGGGUGUCCGAUCAGUGGGACGUCCUGGGGCCAUUUCCUAUACAAGCGAGGGAACAGCAUUAUUUGUCACCUUCUUUUCCGCUGAAUUUGUCGGAGCCCUUAGACUUUAACGCAAAGUAUCCAUCCGCAUACGCAGAUGGAGGGGACGUCAAUUGGACUACCGCCCACUCGAACGCGGACGGCACUCUAGACAUCUCGUUUCCUAACAUCAGGCACGUCUGCAACCGGCUCGUCCUGUGGGCGGCGCUACGCGCGACUGAAGGAUGGGCUGCGUUGCAGCACCACACGAUCUUGCGUACCUCAAUCACUGUAUACCCGCCAACAGCGUCAGCGUUGGCUGGCGACGCAGUGGAUCCGCCACGCCUCCUGGUGGACUUGCUACAAGGGUCCUUCUUCACGAUCAUGCCCGGGGGUGAUGACGCGCAUAUAGCCAGUUCUGUGACCCCAAAGUGGUAUAUGGGCAACAUAUAUGCCAUGAAUAGGGCACCGGCUCAGGCUGUCCAGCUGCCACUACCUCCAUCAACAACUGUGCCCACGACGUAUGAUCUUUUCGUCAGCGGAGACUACGAGAUCCGCUUGUUCGGAGAUCCCUUGUUUAAUCGCCGCCGCACUGGCGUCCCGGUGCUUUCGCUCACACUAAAGGUAGACGUAGAGCCGGAACUUAGCAUCCCCGCUGUCACUCGGAUGCCCUCGCAUGAUGUCUCGUGUGACCUCGUCAAUGGCUGGGCAUUUGGGGAUGCACUGGGAGUCGGCUUGCGAAGUCAGUCUGGCUGGUGGAUGGUGAAGAACGUCUCUCUCUUCAAAGAAGGAUCUGGAGUAAGUAGGAUCACAUUGGAACUGGUGGAUGAGAUCCGUAUUGCACCUACGCAGACACGCAUAGCCCCUAUCCGCCUCACGCAGAACGCAUCUUUUGACGACCCAGAGCUCCAAUUCAGCUUGCACCUUAUCUCGGAAGACAGGUCGACCACAGUUGACAUCACUCUUCCGCUGAAAUAUCACAAGCAGUGGACGUCAUCGGAUUCGCCUGAGGACGGCAUCAAGGCAUCGUACUUCUUCGCGACGUCAAUGCCUACCUCGUUCAUGGUGAUCCCUCCCCAAGGCGAGAACUUGGGAGCGCCACGCCCUCCGGUUCUAGCAUUGCACGGUGCGGGCGUGGAUAUUCUGUCCAUGCCUUUCUGGGUACAGGCGCUCCCGCGACAGGAGCGAAGCUGGGUUAUCGCUCCGACCGGCCGUACAGCUUGGGUACGUCUUGUCUCUCCUCUACAUCCGAACGGCCUGGAUUGGCACGGCCCCAGCGCACGAGACGCAUGGGGCACUGUCGACGCCCUAUAUGCCAUUCUCCAAGGCAGGGAAGUUUGGCAGCCCUACGCGCUCGCUGAAGAGACACGAGUACUGGUGCUCGGCCAUUCCAACGGCGGCCAAGGCGCGUGGUAUCUCGCAUCACGAUAUCCGGAUAGGGUCGUCGGAGUCAUCCCAGCGGCAGCAUAUAUAAAGUCGCAAGCAUCAGCGCACUACAUAGACCCCGCGGUCCGAGCGAUCUUGGAGUCAUCGCUGACCCCAGACGAUAAUGAUCUGUUCCUCUCUAAUUUGGGCGAGCUACCCAUCCUGGCAAUACAUGGAGGAGAUGACGAGAACGUACCAGUCUGGCAUACCCGCGAAGCCGUGAGCGUAUUGAAGACGUGGUAUCCACACGCGAAUGUGACGUAUCGCGAGGAUCCGGGCCAACCUCAUUGGUACCCGUCCGUGUUCAACAACGAGCAAGUCAGGGACUUCAUAAGGACCGUCCUCGAGAGAGAACCUGCAAAUCUGCAACCCCCUGUGCCCUCGGAGCCCAUUUCGUUCACGCUUACCGUGUCCAACCCAACCGAGAGUGGCUCGCUGCACGGAUGGCAGAUAUACCAGCUCGUCACUCCUGGCAGAUUAGCAAAGCUCAUGGUCACAAUACAAGGAGCAAGUGUGGUUGUCAAGACUGCAAACGUGGCCUCCUUCGCCAUUCGCCACCGGGCACUCAAUUCCGUGUCUCACCUUAACAUUGAUGGCGACGAUGUUUUAUUGUCGAAUCUCAUCAAAAACAGCUCAACCGACAAUGCUUACUUCUCACAACGGGAAGGUUCUUGGAAGCCGGCAUCAUAUAUUGGGGCGAAAGCGCCCCAUCCUUCGGGCAGAAUGUCCAAUAUUCUGCUCACUGGCGCACCUUUCAUGAUUGUAAUUGACGACAGGACCUCACAACAAUCACUCUCCGCAGCGUUGCGCAUCGCACAUAAUCUUAACGUUUAUCACAAGCUUGAUGCGGCAGUCUUGGACGGAGACGAAGCUAAGCUGAAGCUGAAGGACCCUUCACAACAAUCAGCCCGCGUGAUUGUCCUUGGUAGUCCAAAUAACACGCUUUCCCGGUCGAUGUUGGUGGACGGGCGUACUCCGUUUACUUACAAGGAAUCACUUCAAUUGAACGGUCGAUCGUUAGAUAUCUCAAGUUCAUCUUUGUUCCUGCACCCUCAUCCUGGAGAUGGCGAUUCUCUCAUGCUUUUCAUGUAUGCAUACAAUGAUGACGCACUGGAGAGGGCUUUACGAAUACUUCCCAUACGCACCGGUGUACCUGCGCCAGAUUGGCUUGUAUUGGGGUUAGCAGCAGACGUUGUUGGUGCAGCAGCAGUUCAAGGCGUUGGGUAA